CAGACAAUAUCAACUAACAAAGCAGUUGGAAAACAAUGUUGAUGAUGCGUGAGAAGUGCCUCGCUGUAGAGGUAUUCACUUGGACGUUAAUUGUUUUGCUAGCAGUUGAGGCGGCUAGAGGAUCAUCAACCCCACCACCGACCGCUCCAUCAACCACACUAACCCCGCAACAGGAAAGAACAGGAAGACAAUGGAAUUUGAAUUUGGCAGAAGCAGACUACAUCGCUAUAGCAACCUUUCAUAAAAUUGCUGAACAAGAUAUGUGGAAAAAUCUAAUUGAACAAACGAUGCCUUCAUCCCUGGUUGGCGAAGUUAUAGAAAAUUUCAAGGCAAAAUAUGAUUUCACUGGAAAUGGUAAAUACUCUAUUAAAUUUGUCUAUUCAUGUCAAUAUCAUGGAUUUGAAUGUCUACUAUUAUUUUAUAGUGAGGUUCACUUUGAACCUGUCUAGAAUUGCUUAUACUGU